CGAACCUCAGCCAACAUCAUGACGUUGCAAAGCCAGCUUCUUCAGACAGUUUCGCCAUUGAAGAAACAAGAUAGCAGCCUUCUGUGGUCAAUGCUUCUGGCCAUGGUUGCAGGAUUUGCGUGCACGCUGGUCUUCGUGAAAUUGCCAAUUUCUGAUAAUGUCACAGCCAUUCAGCAGCCUGAGACUCUUCCCGCUCCAACGAAAAAUGUCACAUUCAGAAGAGCUAAGGCCAUAUACCUCAAUGUCAAGUACGCGGAUUUGAACUGGAUUCAAAAGCACACCCUGAAGUACCAGACAGACGCUGCAACCAAGAAUCUUGUGCACGACCUUGGAAGCCAGAAUGAUCAUGUGAUGCUUCACUUGGCUCAUCACAAAACAGGUAUGGAUUGAGUAACAGCCUGCUUCUGAAAGUCUUCGUCCAAAGCGCGGUGAAGGUUGGCCAGGAAAGCGCUGCCUACCGUUCUGUUUCGAAAGGGGUGCUUUCUGCUGACGACAGAGGGAAGGACCACUUCAGGAAAGGAGUACCUGGAGACUGGAAAAAUCAUUUGACUAAGCAGAACAAGGGCUACAUCCGUGAAAAGCUGGGAUCUCUAUUGGUGGACCUGGGCUAUGAGAAGACCAUGAAUUGGUAGUCUGAUCUGGUUAUGUCUAUAUGGUAGUGGCUGACGAUGAGAUAUGUUGGAAUUUGACAGUUUUAUGAUCAUGACGACUUC